AUGGCCCCCAACUCGCCCCAGCAGCCGAAGCAGAAGCAGCAGCAGCAGCAGCAGCAGCAGAAGCAGCAGCGGCGACAGAAGGCCCCAGCUUCAAGCUCUCGUCAUGCUUGGAGCCUAGGCAGCAGCAGCUUUGGAGGUAGCACUCAAUUAGAAUCUAUUUUCUCUCAUUAUGCACACAGCAGCAACACAGUAGGAGCAGCAGCAACAGCAGCAGCAGCAGGGUAUAUCCCUCCUCCUGCUCCUGCUGCUGCUGCUGCUGCUGCUGAUUUGCCUGCAGAGGCUCAUGUUGCUCUCACCCGACUUACAAAGAAAGACAGCCUCACCCGCAGCAAGGGGCUGCAGCAGCUGCAGCAGCUGCUGCAGCACCAGCUGGAUGCUGCUGCUGCUAAGCUGCUGCUGCCGCAGCUUGUCUUUGGCUAUCGUUGUAUUGCAGUAGGGGACUCGGAGCAGCAAAAUAGAGCAGCAGCGAACAUUUGUUUGCUGCUGCUAAUCCGCAAGCUAAGAAAACAGAUAGCACCGCAGCUGCAGCAGCUGCUGCCUCUGUGGCUGUGCUCGCUGCACGACCCCUCCAGGCCUGCUGCUGCUGCUGCUGCUGCUGCUCUACAGGAAGCCUUUCCUCUUUCAGAUGUCUCCGUUGCGCAGCAGCAGCAGCAGCAGUUGCUGCAACAGCAGCUGCAGCAACAAACCACACCUACCGAACAAACUGCAGCAGACGCAGCAGACGCUGCAGCAGCAGCAGCAGAAACAACGAACAGCACCAGUGAUAAUGGCAGCAGCAGCGAUCCCAGCAGCAGCAGCAGUAGCAGCAGCAGCAGGAAGGGGCUUGAGCGACGUGUUGCUGUCCUGGAGCACUGCAAGACGGCGUUAUUGGUGGGGCUGCAGCAGCAGCUGCUGCUGCCAGAGCAGCAGAAGCAGCAGAAGCAGCAACUUGCUGCUGCUGCUGCUGCCAGCAGCCGUCCUCUAGAAGAGACUCCGCAGCAGCGCAUCGACAGACACCUCAUCUGCGCUCUGUUUGCUGCUGCAGAUGUCGUUCCAGCAACAGCACUUGCUGCUGUCCUUGCUGCUUUUGCUGCUGCGGGUGUACCGCUGCCUUCGCCGCCAGCAGCAGCGGCAGCAGCAGCAGCACCAGCAGAAGCAACAGCAGCAGCAGCGGAAGAGUGUUUUGCUGCAGUCACUGCAGCACUUGCUGAUGCUGCACUGUGUGCUGCUCCGGGGACAGGUCUCUCCUCAGCCCUCUGCGGCCCCACAGCAGCAGCAGCAGCAGCAGCAGCAGCAGCAGCUCCAGCUGCAGCAGCAGGGGCCCUUGCUGCUGCUGCACCUGCUGCUGCUGCUGCUUCCAGUUGCUGCGGCCACUUGCUGCGCUCCACGCGGCUGCUGCUGCAGCACUUCCUCCCCCCAGGAUACGGAGACGUACAGCAGCAGCAGCAACAGCAGCAGCAGCAGCACAUGAAGAAGAGUUCGCCGCAGCGUCAGGUGCUCAAUUUGCUGCACAAGUUGCUGGCCCUAGCACGACAUGGAGCGUUGCAUCCGCGUUUGCUGCUGCACACCGCGGAGGGCAGGGCCUUCCUCAGAGACCUUCCUGCUGCUGUGCUGCUGCCGUUGGAGACUCUGCUGCAGCAGCAGCAACAGCAGCAGCAGCAACAGCAGCAGCAGCGGCAGCAGCAGCUCGACCGCGAAAAACUGCUUCAGCAGCAAAGACGGCAGAUUCAGUAUGGCUCAGAGGAACAGCAGCAGCAGGAGCAGCAGCAGCAACAGCAGCAGCAACAGCAGCAACAGCAGCAACAGAGAGACAAAUCCCAGUGGCAGCAGCGGCAGCAGAUUGUUUGCCCUCCGCCUGCUGCAGUUUUAAACAGCUUCUACUGCAUCGUUGUCUUCCUCCUUGAAAAGCGUAUUCGGCCUGCAGCAGCAGCAGCAGCAGCAGCAGCAGCAACAGAAGCAGCAGCAGCAGAAACUGCAUCAAAAGCACACGAGGAGGAGGAAGACCUGUCUCUGCUGCUGCAGCAUUAUUGCUGCGAACUCCCUUCAUACCCUCUCGAACUCUUUAUGCAUGCACAGCAGCAGCAGCUGCUGCUGCAACAGCAGCAGCAGCAGCAGGAAGAGAGACAAACGCCACUUGCUGCAGCAGCAGAAGGGGUACGAUCUGCACUACCGGAGGCAAUCGCCAGCUUUGCUGCUGCUGCUGCUGCCAGGGAUUUGCCUUUGCUGCUGCUGCAGUCCCUGUGGCGCUGCAUCUGCACAGCGGUGCUGCCUGCUGUCGAGCAGCAGCAGCAGCAGCAGCAGCAGCAGCAGGUCGACGGUGCAGUUGUAGACGAGCAGCAGAUUGCUGCAACUUCUCUAGCGAUGGCGCAGCACGUAGAACUCAAAGCAAUGCCGUUGCUGCUGCAGCUGCAGCUGCAGCAGCAGGAACAGCAGCAGCAGCAGGGUGUUGCGACUGCAUCGGCAGCAGCAACAGUAGCUGGGGCUCUGGUCAUUGUGCUGCUGCAGCAGAUAAGAAAGCACUUGGUGUGGACCUUUGGUGGAACGCAGCAGCAGCUGCAGCAGCAGCAGCAGCAACAGCAGCAUCCAGCAUCAUAUGAGAGCUUGAAGGCUCUAGACGCCUUAAUAAGGGCUGGCGAAGAGUGCCUGCUGCGCCUGCAGCUUCCUGCAGCAGCAGCAGCAGCAGCAACAGACGCAGCAGCAGCAGAUGCAGAUGCAGCAGCAACAGCGACAACAGCAAAUGCAGCAGCAGCAGCAGCAGCAGAAGCAGCAGAAGCAGCAGCAUCAGAUGUAUGCCCUUCCUUGAAGGGGAUCUUCAGUGCGCAGCAAGAGCUGCAGCAGCUGCUGCCGGUAGCAGCAGCAACACUUAGAGGUGGUUUUAUUGCUGCUGCAGAUAGCUCAACUGCAACAACUCUGCAGCAGCAGCAGCAGCAGCAGCGCCUAGCCUUCCAGCAAAUUGCUGUCAGGUUGCUGCUGCCGCUGCUGGGCCGAGCAGCAGCCACAGAAGCAGCAGCAGCAACAGCAGCAGCAGCACCACAUGCCUCGUCUGCUUGGGGAGCUGCAGCAGAGGCAAUCGUCCUCUCCUCCAGCACAGCAGCUGCUGCUGAUACUGCAGCAGCUGCAGCAGCACCAGCAGCAACAACAGCAGCAGAAGAAGCGCUGCAGCGGUGGUGUUGCAGUGUCUUCGCCCUGGGGCAGUUUGGGCGCCUCUGGCGGCGCUUUCAAGUGGAUGCAGCAGCAGCAGCAGCUGCUGCUGCUGGAGCAGCAGAUGCUGAGGCAGCAGCAGCAGCAGCAGCAGCAAGAACGGUGUUGCCUGCUGCAACUCAAAAUGCGUUGUCGAAGGUUUUGCUGCAACUCAUUAGAGAACUGCCCCUGCUGCUGCAGCAACUGCAGCAGCAGCAACAGCAGCAACAGCAGCCGCAGCAGUUGCAGUUGGUUUCGUUGCUGUUGCCUGAUUUGCUGCAAGUUCUCCUCAGCAGCUGCAGCAGCAGCAGCAGCAGCAAGGAGAACGGUGCUGCUGCUGCAGCAACCCAUAUGUUCAUCCUUCCGCAGCAGCUGGCAGCAGACGCAGCGUCGGACAUCGUACAGGCGCUGCUGCUGCUUCAGCAGCAGCAGCAGCAGCAGCAGCAGCAAGAGCACACCUACAUGCCUCCCUCAGGGGCUGCUGCUCUGAGGCAGUGUACAGACACCCUACGCCAAACGGUCGCCUCUCCAGAGCUGCUGCAUGCAUUACUCAGCAGCAGCAGCAGCAGCAGGCUCGAAGCAACCUGUAAUUCAGCUGCUGCUGCCUUGCUGCAGGAAUGCGCUCGUGGAUGGAAGCUGCCUGCUGCUGCUGCUGCUCUGCUGCUGCAGCUGCUGCAGUCGCUGAACGAAGCUGCGCGGGAGCAGCUCAAGCAGCAGCUACAAGAAGCAGCAGCAGCAGCAGCAGCAGAGGGCGAAGGCUGUGCAGUUACGCCCGCCGCGGUAGAAAGUCCUGCUGCUGCUGCUGCUGCUGCUGCUGUUACGCCCGAAGGCUGGGGAGCAGCAGCAGCACUUCUCGCAGCAGCAGAGUGCAGCAGCGCGGGGGCCUCUGGUGGUUUUAAGGUAGAGAUGAUAAAGGCGUUGCCGUUUAUUAGAAAAAUGCUGCUGCUGCUGCUGCUGCAGCCCCUCGCUACCAAUGGUCUGGGCAGCAACAGCUGCAGCAGCAGCAGCAACAGCAGCAGCAACAGCUGCGCAGCUGAGCGACAAUAUCGCUGUGCUUCAUUUUGCUGGAGGGCUUCUGUCGCCUUCCUCUGCAGGACUGCAGCAGCUGCAGCAGCAGCAGCAGCAGCAGAUGGUGGUGGUGCUGCUGCUGCAGACGAGGCACUCCGCCUGGCGAUCGAUGCAGCAGCAGCAGCAGCAACAGUAGCAGAUGAAGGCAAUGCAAAAGAAGUAAAGGAGGCUAUGCUUCUGCUGCUGCUAUGCGGACUGACAGUAGAAGCAGUUGAGGGCAGCAGCAGCAGCAGCAGCAGCAACAGCAGCAGCAGCAGCAGCAGACGCCGAGCCCACGGCCGGAAGCACAUGCACGGUGCAGCAAGAACCGCAGCAGGAGCAGCAGCUCCGGAUGCUGCUGCUGCUGCUGCUGGAGCUGCUGCCCGUGCAGCUCCAACGAAAGCAAGUCAAGAAGUGCGGGGAGCCCUCUGUUACCUGCUGCAGCAACAGCAGCAGGAGCAGCAACAGCAGCAGCAGCGGGUAGCUCUGCUGCGGUUGCUGCUGCAGCUGCUGCUUUCAUCAGCAGAAAAGGAGUAUGCGGAGGCCUCCAACGAAUUUGCUGCAGUAUCGCCGUUGCGUGUGAAGGCGCUCGUCUCUGCUGCUGCUGCUGCUGCUGCUGCUGCUGCUGCUGCUGCUGGAGGCGGAGCCAGGGGAGAAGGUUCUUCAUUAUCUUCCUUUUAUGUGCUGCAGUUGCUGCUGCAGUGCCUUGCUGCGUCAGGAGCAACGAACAGCAACGCAGCAUGCGUUGUAGCUGCUGCUGCCUCUCCUGCUGCUGCUGCUAUCUGUGUUGCUGCUGCAGCAGAUUACGGAGUGCUAUUUUCGCCUGCUGCUGCAGCAGCUGGUGCUGCUGCUGCUACUGCUGCAGCACCAGAUGAAGCGGAACAGCAGCAAAUGAAAAAGGACGCAGAGUUGCUGCUGCAGCAGGCCAUUGAAUUCUCUGCAGCAGCAAAGAAAGAAGCAGAAGCAGCAGCAACAGCAGCAGCAACAGCAACACAAAAUAGGAAGAGUCAAGAGGCAUGCGCUGCACUUUUGAGGGUUACUGCUGCUCUCACUGCUGCAGCAGAGGAAACCUUGCAGCAGCAGCAGCAGCAGCAGCAGCAGCAGCAGCAUGAACUGAUGCAGCAGCAGCAGCAGUUGCAGCAGCUUUUGCAAGAGCAGCGAGAGCUGUUUCACUUAGCAGCUACAGGCCUUCUAGCCUUCCCUCAGGGAGACAUUCAACAGCAGCAGCAGCAGCAGCAACUGCAGCAGCAGCAGCAGCAGCUGUUUUGCAGCGACGCAUUGUGUGCCUUGGGCGUUGUUGUCUAUCAGCCUGAAGAUUUGCUGCUAGAAGAGGAGGACGAGAAGCUGCUGCUGCAGCUGUUGCUGCAGCAUUUUGCUGCUGCUGCUCCGCUGCUGCUCUCCCCCAACGCCAGCAGCAGCAAACCACCGCUGGCGUUUGCACUGAAGCUGGCGGCACUGCAGCUCAGCAAACUGCAGCAGCAGCAGCAGCAGCAAGAGCAGCAAGAGCAGCAGCAGCAGCAGCACGCAUGCAGGCUGUUGGCUUCCCUAGUACAAAUUGCCCUUGCGGUGGACAGCUACCUAUGCCAGCAGCACGAGCAGCAACAGCAGCAGCAGCAGCAGCAGCAGCAGCACCAGCUGCAGCAGCUGCUGCAACGGCGGUAUUCAGAAGGUUUGUUGUUUAAUUUGUUGCAGGCUCUGCAGCAGGUGGAAGUGAAGACAGCAGCAGCAGCACGGCUUGCUGCUCCUCUACUGGGGUUGCGCUGGUUGCUGCUGCAGCAGCCUCUUAUGAGAAUACUUCGUAGCUUCCCUUGGGGUGUAUCUGCUACUGAAGACAGCAACUGGCUGCUGCUGCAGCGAGAAGCUCCUGCUGCAGAUGCUGCUGCAGGUGCUGUCCAGCAGGGAUCAGCAGCAGCAAUAGCAGCAGCAGGGGAUGCUGCUGCUGCGCAGCAGCAGACCUGCAGGCUUGUAGAGCUGGGGUGGAGUCGUGCAGUUGCCUGCAGCGAGGCAGCAGCAGCAGCAGCAACAGCUGCUGCUGCAGAGGGAAGUGGCAUGCAGCAGCAGCAGCAGCAGCAGCAAGCAGCAGCAGCAAAAAGCAAAGAAGAGAGACGAAGUUUACUUCAGAAGUUUGUGAGGGCAGCAGGAGACGAAAAUAUCGAACAGCCCGAAGAUACUGCAGCAGCAGAUGAACAUAGGCAGCAGCUGCAGCUACAGCUGCAUCAGCAGCAGCAGCAGCGGCGGCAGCAACAGCAGGAGGAGGAGGAGGAUUCGCCUCGCUGCAGCAGCGAUGAUGCAGCAGCAGCAGCAGCAGCUGAUGCUGCUGCUGCUGCUGUCUCUGAGGGUGAUGAUACGGACGAAGCCGUCGCAGCGGGGCUGCAGGUGCUGCUGCAGCUGCUGCAGCAGCUGCUGGGCAGCAGCUUCGCUGCGCUGCUGCUGGAGACGCAUGCAGUUGCUGCUCGGUUGCUUGCGGCGCAUGCACAAGAGGAUUCUGCAGCAGCAGCAGCAGCAGGGUCCACAACGAGCAGCAGCAGCAGCAGCUGCUGCAGCACGCAGGAGGAGGCGCUGCAGCGGCAAGCAGCUCUCUGCUUGAGGGGUUGGCUGUUAGCUCUUGAGACAACGGGUGCUGCUGCAGCUGCUUCUGAUGCAGCAGCAGCAGCAGCAGCUGCUGCUGCUGCUGACGGGGCUAGCAACGACGAGGGAGACUCGCAGCCUUUCGAGCUUAUGCUGCUGCAUGCAGCGCUUGAAAUUCGCCCUGCAGCAGCAGCAGCAGCAGCAGCAACACUGCAGCAGCAGAAGCAGACGGGGAAGGCCUCAACAGAAGAGCCCUUCAAGACCUAUCCUGCUGCUGCUGCUGCUGCAUGCAGCUGCGAUAGCUGCGUGCUGCUGCCGAAGCUGCGGGUGCUGUCUUUAGGCGAGGCCUUAGUGCAGCUGCUGUUUCAUGUGCUGACAAG